AACGCUAACUAAUUAGGUAAAUUCGACUACAGUAACCGCUAAGAGUAAUUCGAGGUAAAGGUCCCCAGGGUUCUUCCGGCGUGAGCGUAGGGAUCUCGUGCUAUAUAAGAGCGCCCGGCCGGACACCGGAUCCUCUUUCGGGUCCUGGCUCCAAGAUGACCAAGAAAAGAAGAAACAACGGUCGCGCCAAAAAGGGCCGCGGCCAUGUGCAGCCCAUUCGCUGCACGAACUGCGCCCGAUGCGUGCCUAAGGAUAAGGCCAUUAAGAAGUUCGUUAUUCGGAACAUCGUAGAGGCCGCCGCCGUAAGGGACAUUUCUGAAGCUAGUGUCUUCGACGCUUACGUGCUUCCCAAGCUAUAUGUGAAGCUGCAUUACUGCGUGAGCUGUGCCAUUCAUAGCAAGGUGGUCCGGAAUCGAUCCCGCGAAGCCCGGAAAGACCGAACACCUCCACCACGAUUUAGACCUGCUGGUGCUGCCCCACGACCUCCACCGAAACCCAUGUAAAGACCUGGCUUCACGAGGACAGAAGAAAAAUCAUCUUCCAGGAAAAUAAAAUUGAAAUUUUACUUUA